AUGGGGCCAAAGACUAGUUCAGUAACAGAAAAUCGAUGCAGCAAACUGGAGGCAACACCUCCACUCCAAACAACAGAGAGGAAAAUACAAAACAAAAACAAACAAUCUGGAGGCAACACCUGCAUAACUAAGCUUUACCAGAUCGCCAAAAUGAUCCGUAUCUUUCAUCCUUUCAGGUCAGCUAACAAGAGGACAACCCAGGAACCGAAAAACAAAGCCAAAUCCCAAUAGCAGUAGGAAAAGGGCGAGGGGACAGAAGAAAAUGGUGGACCCUUUAGCCUGCUCCAGAAUACAGAGGGGCUGAUGAUGCUGUUGGUUGUGGCCGGGUCUAUUCUAUUUCUAUCGUGGAGUCAAUUCCUGGCAAGAUUUGGAGCAAAUCUGCCGAGGAUCUUGCUUUCCGUGAGGUGGGAUUUUCUCAGUCAUCACAUAUCUUUUCUCUAUUCACUUUCCCUCUUCCCUCAUAUCUCCCGGAAUCCUUCCACAUGCUUGUAUAUAUAUGAACUCAACCACACCCACACCCACACCAUUGAAAAAGCAAGCAAAGGCCUCUCAUGUCAAGCACACACACCACCUGCCUUUCCUCUACAGCUCUUCCUCUCUGCUGCUGCUCAUAGCAUCCUCCUCCCCCAUCAGACACAAGAACACAAGCAGGAAACCACACACAACUCUGCUCUCUUGUUUCUUCCAUGGCGGUGGCCACAGAGACUCCGUUCCAUGUCCUGGCUGUGGAUGACAGCCUUCCAGACAGGAAGCUCAUCGAGAGGCUUCUCAAGACCUCUUCUUUCCAAGUUACCACUGUUGAUUCCGGGAGCAAGGCUCUCCAGUUCCUGGGGCUCCAUGAUGAAGAAAGUCCAGUUUCUGUUCAUGCAGACCAGCUGGAUGUUGCGGUGAACCUGAUCAUUACAGACUAUUGCAUGCCCGGCAUGACAGGAUAUGAUCUGCUCAAGAAGAUCAAGGAAUCGUCAUCUCUCAGAGAUAUCCCAGUUGUGAUCAUGUCGUCUGAGAACAUUCCUUCAAGGAUCAACAGAUGCCUGGAGGAAGGGGCGGAUGAGUUUUUCCUAAAACCAGUACGACUAUCAGACAUGAGCAAGCUAAAGCCCCACAUACUGAAAAGCAGAUGCAAGGAGCACUAUCACCAGGAACAACACCAGCAAAUCGACAGCAAUAGCAACGAAAGCAGUAACCCCACAAACAACAGCAGCAACAGCCGCAAGAGAAAGGCAGCAGACGAUGAAAUUUUGCCCCAGACAAACAGACUAAGGCACAGUUAGCUGCAAACCGAUUAUAGUACAGUUUAACCUUUUCUUUUCCCUUGGUUCUUUGUCUUACUCAGCUUUUGGCCUACUGAUUUGUAACACAGAUAUUAGCCAUUCGUUUGCAAAAUAUAAUGGAGUCCGUGAACAGACACUGCUUGAAUCCAA